GACUAAGAGAAGAGAUGUCAAAUAAGCCACAUGCUCGAACAAAACAAGUCAUCGAUUGCAACGGCAGAGAGAGGGAGGCAGCGAGCGAGUAAUAUAGUGAUUUAGGCUGCGAACUGAAAAUCCUAUCAGUUAUGGCUUCAACGGAAUCACCAUUCAAAGCAGAUAUAUUGAAAGGGAAGGUAGCGUUAAUAACGGGUGGAGCAUCUGGAAUCGGGUUUGAAAUAUCAACGCAAUUGGGGAAACAUGGCGCCUCCGUUGCACUGAUGGGUCGUCGUAAACAAGUCCUUCAAUCUGCUGUUUCCGUUCUCCAAUCACUUUCGAUCCCAGCCGUUGGUUUUGAGGGUGAUGUUAGGAAGCAAGAAGAUGCGGCCAGAGUUGUUGAAUCCACUUUCAAGCAUUUUGGAAAGAUUGAUAUCCUUGUUAAUGCUGCUGCUGGUAACUUUCUUGUUGCCUCUGAGGAUCUCUCCCCAAAUGGAUUUCGAACAGUUUUGGAUAUCGAUUCUGUUGGCACAUUCACUAUGUGCCAUGAAGCUCUAAAAUAUCUCAAGAAAGGUGGACAAGGAAAGGACUCUUCUGAUAAGGGAGGAGCAAUAAUAAACAUUAGUGCUACCUUGCAUUAUACAGCUUCUUGGUAUCAAAUUCACGUAUCUGCAGCAAAGGCAGCUGUUGAUGCCACUACAAGAAAUUUGGCACUGGAAUGGGGAACAGACUAUGAUAUUAGAGUCAAUGGGAUUGCACCGGGUCCAAUAAGUGGCACUCCUGGCAUGAGUAAACUGGCUCCUGACGAAAUUGGUAGUAAAACCAGAGAUGAAGUGCCUCUAUAUAAACUUGGGGAGAAAUGGGAUAUUGCAAUGGCUGCGCUUUACCUAGUAUCAGAUGCAGGAAAAUUCAUUAAUGGCGACACUAUCAUAGUUGAUGGAGGACUUUGGCUGAGCCGGCCUCGUCAUUUACCGAAAGAGGCAGUGAGGCAGGUAUCCCGAGCAAUAGAAAAAAGAUCCAGAAAUGAACCAGUUGGUGUUCCAAAAAGCAAGCUAUGAGCCAUCAGAUUCAGUAUUAGACCCUCUACACUGCACGGGGUUACUUCUUUAAGCAAUACAAUGAAUAGAGGAUAUGAUCUCAGUUAGGGAUAAAUUGAAAUUAUUACGAACUUGAACUUUCUCCAAAUGUGACAAUUUAAAGUUGCGGUUACAUCCAACAGAAAUAAAAAGGCCGUGGCUAGAUCCCAUGAGUGUACUUUGUGCUAUCUGUGCUUUGCAAGAACUGUAAGAAAAUUCAGCUGUAACUUUGAACUUGAUAUGUGGCUAGUGGCUACACUCUAAUUAAGACAUCCUUAGUCACUUUCAAUUCAU